AUGGCUUCUUAUUGUCUCCACAGAGAUCUGAGCGAGAACUUCAUCCAGUCCAUCCCCAGAAAAGCCUUCAGAGGAGCUACAGACAUCAAAAACCUUCAGCUGGAUAAAAACCACAUCGCCUGCAUCGAGGAUGGAGCCUUCAGAGCUCUGAGGGGCUUGGAAGUGCUAACGCUGAACAACAACAACAUCAGCAGCAUCCCCGUCUCCAGCUUCAACCACAUGCCCAAGCUACGAACCUUCCGUCUCCACUCCAACAAUCUCAACUGUGACUGUCACCUGUCGUGGUUGGCCCAGUGGCUCAGACAGAGGCCUACGAUUGGUCUAUUCACCCAAUGUACUGGCCCUACUGAGCUCAAAGGACUCAAUGUGGCAGAGGUACAGAAACACGAAUUCGCCUGCUCAGGUCACCAUGAGUCUUCCGGCCCUCAGCCCUGCAGCAUCGGUGGAGGCUCUUGCCCCGCCAUGUGUACCUGCAGCAACAACAUCGUGGACUGCAGAGGGAAAGGUCUCACCGCCAUCCCAGCCAACCUGCCCGACACCAUGGCUGAGAUACGUCUGGAGCAGAAUGGGAUUAAGUCUGUUCCUCCCGGAGCCUUCUCUCCCUACAAGAAGCUGCGUAGGAUUUCGUCUCAGACUUGGGUAAUCGCCACCUUGUAUGACAUCCACAGUACUACACCUUACGACAGAUUGGUGGUCACACAAUACCCCCACAACCUGGUGUCCUCUCCGGGCCGUCACUCCCGUGGUACAGAGGACACCCGUCUGAAUAACGCCUGCAACAGCGACCCAGUCUGUCCUCCCAAGUGCCGCUGUGAGUCGAACGUAGUGGACUGCUCCAACCUGAAACUCACCAAGAUCCCUGAGCACAUCCCUUCAUCCACCUCUGAACUCCGCCUUAACAACAAUGAGAUUACGACUCUGGAGGCAACUGGAGUUUUUAAGAACCUUUCCCAGCUUAAGAAAAUUAACCUCAGCAACAACAAGAUCACGGAGGUUGAAGAUGGGUCGUUUGAAGGGGCGUCUUCCGUCAAUGAGCUUCACCUCACGGCCAAUCAGAUCGACUCGGUCCGGAGCGGGAUGUUCCGCGGCCUUGAGGGAUUGCGCAUGCUGAUGCUGAGGAACAACAAGAUCAGCUGCGUCCACAACGACAGUUUCACAGGGUUGCACAACGUCCGCCUGCUGUCUCUGUACGACAACCAGCUGACCACGAUCAAUCCAGGAGCAUUCGACACUCUGCAGACUCUCUCCACACUUAACCUCUUGGCCAACUCCUUCAACUGUGACUGCCGGCUGGGCUGGCUCGGCGAUUGGCUGAGGACGAGGAAGAUUGUGACCGGUAACCCUCGCUGCCAGCGUCCUGCCUUCCUGAAGGAGAUCCCUCUGCAGGAUGUUGCUCUGCCUGACUUCCGCUGUGAGGAGGGACAAGAGGAGUCGUCAAGCUGUGUGCCCAGACCCCAGUGUCCCAGUGAAUGUACUUGCCUGGAGACUGUUGUCCGCUGCAGUAACAAGCACCUCCACACACUGCCCAAAGGCAUCCCAAGAAACGUGACUGAACUGUAUCUGGAUGGAAACCAGUUCAGUGUUUUGCCAAAGGAACUGUCUGCCUUCAAAUACCUACAGCUGGUAGAUCUGAGCAACAACAAGAUCAGCUCUCUGACCAACUCGUCCUUUGCGAACAUGAGCCAACUCACCACUCUAAUCCUGAGCUACAACUCUCUGCGUUGUAUCCCCAAAAUGGCCUUCAGUGGACUGCGCUCUCUCAGACUGCUGUCUCUCCAUGGCAACGAAAUCUCCGAGCUUCCUGAUGGCAUCUUUAACGAUGUGGCCUCACUUUCACACUUGGCAAUCGGAGCCAACCCCUUGCACUGCGACUGUCGCCUGCGCUGGCUGUCUGACUGGGUGAAGACCAGCUACAAAGAGCCUGGCAUCGCCCGCUGCGCUGGUCCUCUGGGCAUGGAGGGCAAACUGCUGCUCACUACACCGGCUAAGAAGUUUGAAUGUACAGGUGAUGCGGACACUACAGUGCUGUCCAAGUGUAACCCCUGUGUUUCCAGUCCCUGUCUCAACCAAGGCAUCUGUCACAGCGACAUGGUGGAGGUCUACAGGUGCAGCUGUCCUCCAGGUUUUAAGGGUAAGAACUGUGAGUCAACUCUGAACGCCUGUGUGAGUAACCCCUGUGCCAACGGAGGAACCUGCCAAGUGGUUGAAGAGGCCGAGGGAGUAUACAGUUGCACAUGUCCUCUGGGCUUUGAGGGCCCCGUUUGCCAAACCAACAUUGAUGACUGCGAUGACAACGACUGUGAGAACGGAGCGACCUGCCUCGAUGGAAUCAACAACUACACUUGUUUUUGUCCCCCCUACUACACAGGGGAGAUGUGUGAAGAAAUUGAGGAUGUGUGUGCCCCUGGACGAAGCCCCUGCCAACAUCAGUCUACCUGCCUCAUCACCUCCAGUGGGCCCAAGUGUGUGUGCUCUCCUGGUUAUGUUGGUGACGACUGCAGUGUAGACUACAACGACUGUGAGGAGCAUCGCUGCCAGAAUGGAGCUCAGUGUGUGGAUGAGCUGAAUGGAUACUCCUGCGAAUGUCUCGAAGGAUACAAUGGUCAGCUGUGUGAGGUCGCCCCGUCUCCACUGUCCCUUUGUGAGCUGGCCGACUGCCAGAACGCUGCCAAGUGUGUGGAGCGAGGCGGGCGGGCCCUCUGCCAGUGUCCUCCUGAGUUUGGGGGGCCACGCUGCGAGAAACUUGUCAGCGUCAACUUUAUUGACAGAGACUCCUACCUGCUGCUGUCUGACCUCAAGAACUGGCCACAAGCUAACAUCACCUUACAGGUGUCAACAGCUGAGGAUAAUGGCAUCCUGCUGUACAAUGGAGAAGAUGAUCAUAUUGCUGUGGAGCUCUACCAAGGUCAUGUCAAAGUCAGCUAUGACCCAGGCAGCCAGCCAGGACAUGCCAUCUACAGUACCGAGACUAUCAACGAUGGCCAGUUCCACACAGUGGAGUUGGUGACCUAUGACCAGAUGAUGAACCUGUCCAUUGACGGGGGUCUCCCUAUCACAAUGGACAGCUUCGGGGCGGUGCGGCCCCUCAACGGGGAGGCUCCACUAUACGUGGGGGGCAUGCCGGUGGAUGCACAUUCAGGCGUUUUCCGUCUCUGGCAGCUCCAGAACGGCUCCAGUUUCCAUGGCUGUAUCCAGAACCUGUACAUCAACAAUGAGCUCCAGGACUUCACCAAGACCCAGAUGAAGCCUGGCGUGGUCCCCGGCUGCGAGCCCUGCAAGAAGAUCUACUGCGUGCACGGCAUCUGCCAGCCUGAUGGGGUUCAGGGCCCGGUGUGCCACUGCCAGCCGGGCUGGAGCGGGCUGCAGUGUGACGAGCCGGUGCUCAACCCCUGCCAGGGCAGCAAGUGCGUCCAUGGAAAGUGCAUCCCACUGGACACUCAGUCGUAUCGCUGCGAGUGUGAGGAGGGUUACCGCGGCGCCCUGUGUAACCAGCAGGGGGAGCUGUUCAACCCCUGCCGACGUCUAACCUGUAAACACGGUCGCUGCCAGAUCUCAGAAACAGGAGUCGCCUUCUGCCACUGUGAGAGUGGCUACACCGGGGAACUCUGUGAUGCAGAGUCUGAAUGCCGAGGGGAGCCUGUGCGAGACUUCUACCAGGUCCAGCGAGGCUACGCCAUCUGCCAGACGACACGCAUGGUCUCUUGGGUGGAGUGCUCCGGAGCGUGCGACACCGGGGCCUGCUGCGCCAGCCAGCGAAUGAAACGCCGGAAAUAUACCUUUGAAUGCAGCGAUGGAACCUCCUUCAGCGAGGAAGUGGAAAAGACCAUCAAGUGCGGCUGCGUGGGCUGCAUGUAGCACCAUUCACUCACAUUUCCUGCCGCUGCCGCCGAGCAGAAGAUAGAAAGAGAGAAAGAAGGGAUAGAAGUAGGAAGAGAGAGGACUGGAGGAAAGAGAGGGAGGGAAAGAAAGAGUAUAAAGAAUAUAUAUAAAACCUCUAUCUAUAUAUCAUGGACAACAAUGUUUGUAAAAUAGGACAUUUCCUCCCCUUACAAGGGUGUGUGACCUACAGUAACACAGAGAAACCAACAUCAUGAGCAACAAUGUAGAUGUGACAACAACGGCAACAGAACCAUUGUAUCUGCAACAUUGUUCCAAAGGGGUCCAGAGAUUUUAAAAGUGUUGCAUUCAGAGUGAAGCAUCCCUCCAACCCAAAUUAACCGGUGUGAAUUCCCCAUCCAUCCGUGAGGCCUCUGACAGCCUAACCACCAUCCACCAUCUUAACCUCGUGGAGGCAGUGAGGACAGCGGGGUCCAGCCUGGCCAAGAAUGGCAGAAGACAGGCAGAGAAAGACACACAGAGAGACACAGGAGAAGAGACUUUGACUUGGCAAAGCUAUCUUGAGUUGAGCUUGGCUGGGUUACCCGGACCGGGCUGGAUAUGGUUUGGGUUGAGUUAAGGUCGUUGUUGGUUUGGUGUAGCAAUUUCUCUGCCAGGAAACAGUCAUCCAUCCACACAUGCACAUGUAGAAGUGUACAAUGGAAAGGAAGGGUUAGAGUGGCACAUAAUCCGGUGCGGAUGUCGUAGCUUCGAGGCCCGGUGGCGUCCCAGAUGUUCGCUGUGAGGUACCGUAAUGUAGAAACUCCAUAAAAAUAGAGACUGCACUGACUAGCAGCACUGAAAAUGACAUACACCUCUCUGAAGUACAUCAUCACACGCAUGGCAUACAUUCAUUUAAACAGUCUUAAAAAAAAAGUGAGAGGGCUUGUGUGGUAAAACGAUCCAUUCUGUUCGUACAGCAAACCAAUCUGGUGCUGGCAGUGACCAGUGGUUAUCAAUCCCCCAGCAUGCAUUGCCUCUGGGUUAGGAUGAUUUGCAUAAUCCCACGCCCUCAGAGCAGGACGCUGCUCCUAUCGAUGCCUGCAGUAUUAAACUUGUGCAAACAGUUGCAUGUGUGGAGAAGAGUUUGCCAACAAAUAUGUAGAGCUCCUUAAUAUCGUUAUAAAUGUUAUUACAAAACAAAAGUUUGCAGAAUCAUCUUCUGAUUUCUGUUUUGUUCUGUCUAAUUUCUCAUAUUGAUAUGUUUUUAUUUUUGUUAUAUUUUGUCUCAUGAUAUAACCUAACUCCUUUAGCUGCCCCCCACCCUCCUCAACAACUCUUUAUAUAGAAAUGCCUAACAGAUUCUAAUAUAUAUAUAUUUGUAUUUCAUUUUGGUAUAGUAUUUUUCUAUGUUAAAGAGUAAGUCUGUUUCUGGAAGCUUUGGGACUGGUGGAAAGGCAUUCAGUUGGUUCCCUAGGUGUUUUUAUUUGUUGAUCACACUCGCUCCAACAAGGUUAUUAAUUACAUGAAUUAGCCACAAAUACAGCAGCUGGUUGGCCUUGUUGUAUAGAAGGCAGUAUUGGUCUAGAAAUGUGUGUAAUAUUGUAUAUGUUGUCUUCCAUGUGAAUAUUACAUCUAAUUCAUGAAAGUCUGUGAUUGUUUAUAUUUAUUUUAUCUAAAGGCGUUUUCUGUAGAAAGUAAAGGGCAUACAUGUUGCUGACUUUCAGAUAUUUUAAAACAUUUCAAAAAGAUGAAAAAAGGUAGAAUAAUGAAUAAAAAUAGCAUAAACAUCUGUAAGGUAUUUGUAACAUCACUUAAUAGCAAGUUACAGCAGUGUUUUCCUCCUCUCUGGCUCAACAUUCCUCAUUCGCUGCAGGAGCUGGAGAGGGCCGAGCCGGGAUCCAGAGACCUCCCCCUCAAAUUGACCUUGUAAUUACCAUACCACGCUAAAAGGCUUCUGAUUGUUUUCAUGUCCAUUUUGUUGAAGUGUCCUGUUGUAUUUCUAUCAUUUUCAAUUGAGAUAUGUUUGCCAUAGAGGUGUUUUUAGUUCAGUAGUCAAGCUCAACUGAUCAUAAGCUGCUGUCAAGCCACAAAAAAAGAAUGAAAUGCUUCUGAGGACGACGAUCAUGUUAGGCUUCAUCGUUCGAGAUCUGUCUGAAUAGGCGACCGUGGGGAGCAUUACAUGCCUACUACUGACAGAUCAUAAAUGAGAGGUCUGGACAUUUCAAUGUUUGUCGGUUCUAGCUGGCUAUCCACACAAAAAAGUAAUAAAUGGUGCCAAUUACAGUGAACACAACAGUCAUACCUGAAUGUAUAAAUGUGUAUAGAUAAAUAUGACCUAUGCUUAUUCAUGAAGUGGUAACUUUUAGCUGUUAUUUAGUUUCCAAUGUAAGAUAUAGAAAUCACAUACUGUUUAAUAAGUAACAGUCCAUCAGGAUGGCUUAAGGCAUUGUUCUUCCUGCAGAUUUGGAUUGUGUUCAUCCAUUUUGCCGAUCUAAAUGUUUAAAGUCUCUUUAUAGUGUGAAAAGCUGCAGAGCCAGAUCUCAGCUUGGUACAUUGCACACAGAGCUUCUAUUCAUAUUGCUACCCAUGUUAACUUUGUUUUACAUGCUGUUGAUGUGAUCCAAGUGUUGUACAAUAACUUUAAUAGAAGAUCUCGUAAAGGAUUCUUGUGAGCAGUCACUGUAACUCUUAGGCUGUGUGCCUCGUAAAGGCGCAUAUUUAGUUGAACGUGGCUUUCUUUUCAUGUCUCCUUUCCUUCCUCUGCACUGAUCUAUACUGGACUGGUGCAUUCAACUUUCUGGUAGACAUCUUAGUGGUGCUUGUGCUAUAUUGAGAUGUAAUUCAGUUAUCUGGUCACAUACCAGAAACACAUAUUUUUCAUCCUAUGAACUAUAUACAUAAAUAUGUUAUUGUAAACGACACGAUGUCUCUGUUGUAUUGAAAUGGUGCAAACACUAAAAAAUAUCCCUCGUUGGGUUCUGUCCAUUUGCUUUUUGUUACAGGAUAGAUGGUGGGAUUAAGCUGAAAAAAUCCCAAUAUUGCUGAAUGUAUGUAGUGCCACCGACAAAAUGUUUACCAAACCUCCACUCUUUUUCAUUAAUUAAACUUAAAUGUGUGUGCUUUUAAGAA